ACCAAGUGGAUUAUGAAUGAGUACCGAAUCAAAUUAUUCGUUGAAAGUUACGAUAUGGAAGAAGAGAUGGUGUUGUGCCGUAUUCAGAAGACAAAGACAGGGAAUGAAGUAGAAGGGGAAAUUUAUGUUGAUAAAAAUCACUCAUCUCUUAUUACUAAUGCUCAUCAUCAAGAAGAAAUGCCUCAAGUUCCAGUUUCAUCAGUUCCUUUUGAAGCUUUUGAGAAGCCAGAAUCAAAGAGGUUGAGGAGGGACAACAGUACUUAUAAUGGCACUCAAUAUUGCAGCACAAGCACUGCAGGAAUGGCACCACCAGCAGCAGCAACUCCUGGUUACCAACAGUAUCAGUAUCAACAGUGUUACAACAACUCCACAGGUGUGCCUGAUCAUUAUAAUCAUCAGCAGCAGGAGCAACAACAUCAACAGCAGCAGCAACAACAACAACAACAACAUGACCUUUCAAAUGCCUGUGCACCUGUUGCACCGCCAUCAAGUUCAAUGAGACCUGAAGAAAAUGAAGAUGAUGAUAAUAAUGAAUUUUUGAGAACGAUAAACCAAUUCAAGAAAUUCACCUGAAUUUGUAAUUCA